AUGUCUGGAUUCAAGGCCGGUGACAGCUUCCCUGAAGACGUUGUCUUCUCCUACAUCCCCUGGUCCGAGGACAAGGGCGAGAUCACCUCCUGCGGUAUCCCCAUCAACUACUACGCCAGCAAGGAGUGGGCCAACAAGAAGGUCAUCCUCUUCGCCCUCCCCGGUGCCUUCACCCCGGUCUGCUCCGCUCGGCACGUUCCCGAAUACAUUGAGCGCCUCCCUGAGAUCCGCGAGAAGGGUGUCGAUGUUGUUGCUGUCCUUGCCUACAACGAUGCCUACGUCAUGAGCGCCUGGGGCAAGGCCAACCAGGUCACUAACGAUGACAUUCUCUUCCUCUCCGACCCCGAGGCCAGGUUCUCCAAGAGCGUCGGCUGGGCUGACGAGGAGGGCCGCACCAAGCGCUUCGCUAUCGUCAUCGACCACGGCAAGGUCACCUACGCCGCUCUCGAGCCCUCCAAGAACCACCUCGAGUUCUCCAGCGCCGAGGCCGUCAUCAAGCACCUGUAA